CUUGUCUCUAUGCCAUGGGUUGAACACAAUGGUCAGGAUUGUGGCGCUUAUCUUAUCGUGUUCUUGCCAGAGAUAUCGACGUAACGUCAAUCCAGAAUGGCCGCAGUUCGGAGAUCUGCACCAAGACUGUGCAUCAUGCUAGAGGAUAAAGAGGCGCUCGUGUCCGUCGCGCGAGAGGACUUCAUCUCUACAUCCUCCCCACCCUUGAUUGUCGGCACACGGCAGGCUCCAAGAUGCCGUUCAUUGAGAAGCCGCAUUGGACGCUUCGGGUUGAGCAACCUGAGAGUACAUUUGCGAUAGGCAAUGCGCGAUGGACAAACAAAGAUCUUGACCCUGUCCCGAGGCAUGCUAGGAAGUGGGGUGUUACAAGCUUCAUCUCGUAUUGGGUCUCGGAUGCCUUCAAUGCUGCGACAUGGCAAUUUGCAUCCAGUAUCAUUGCAAUUGGUCUUACAUGGCGCGAAUCCCUCGGCAUAGUCGCCCUCGCCUUCUUCAUCAUCUCCUUCGUCAUUGCUCUUAACGGUGCAAUCGGUGUUCUCCACCAUGUCCCUUUUCCCGUCAUUGCCCGCGCCUCCUGGGGCUUCUGGGGCUCUUACAUCGCCAUUAUCUCCCGCGCCAUCCUCGCAAUCUUCUGGUUCGCAAUCCAAAACAUGAACGGUGCAAACUCUGUUCGUGUCAUGAUUGGCGCCAUCUGGCCGUCUUUCCUCACACUGCACAAUGGCAUUCCUGCGAGCCAAGGCAUCGACACGGCGACUAUGAUCAGUUUCUUCAUCUUCUGGUUGGGAAGCGUACCAUUUUUGGUCAUGCAUCCAAACGAGCUGAGAUGGCUGUUCAUGGCUAAAAGCAUUAUUGUGCCGAUUGCGUGGAUUGCCAUUCUGAUCUGGGCUUUCGUGAGCACAGAGGGCGGCGGUGACAUGUGGGAUCAGAAGGCUACAUUGACGGGAAGCGCGUAUUCCUGGGGCUUCUUGUCAUCGCUCACGAGUGUUAUUGGAAACUAUGCUACGUUGUCUGUCAACCAGUCUGACUUCUCCCGCUACUCACGCGUUUCCGUAAAAUGGCAAUGCAUCUACGUCCCCUUUUUGCCCAUAGUCUUCACCUUCAUCGCCUUCAUCGGAGUCGCCGCCACCUCAGCCGGCGCUGUCAAAUAUGGCACUGUGGAGUGGGAUCCCAUGGCCCUUAUUUCGCACUGGGACAACCGUGCAUGUCGCUUCUUCGCCGCUUUUUCCUUCGCCCUCGCCGCUCUCGGUGUCAACAUCUCCGCAAACUCCCUUUCGGCAGCCAACGACCUGACAGCUCUUUUCCCCCGCUACAUCAACAUCCGUCGUGGCCAGUUACUUUGCGCCGUACUCUGCUGGGCACUUGUUCCUUGGAAGAUCCUCGCGUCUGCUGGUAGCUUCUUGAACUUCAUGGCUGCGUAUGCGAUUUUCCUGGGACCGAUUGCUGCGAUUAUGGUAGUGGACUUUUGGGUCGUACAUCGUGGCAAGUACGACACUCUGGCGUUGUAUCAGUACCAUGGUAUCUACCGGUACACCAGCGGCUGCAAUUGGCGCGCCAUCGUUGCUUUUCUCAUCGGCGUCGCGCCGAACAUGCCGGGUUUUAUUCAGUCCAUUAACCCCAACAUUGACGCUGGCGUGGGCGCAAGGCCGUAUAGUUUCGGUUGGUUGCUAGGCUUCACUGCGACGGCCCUAGUGUAUGCACUUUUGGAGAUGGUAGUUGCGCCGCCGAAAGAAACGUUCAUCGAGAGGGCGGUGUAUCCGGAUGAGAUCUACGAUGAAGCGGGUGUUGUGGAUGAGGGCGUUAGUGUAGGCAGUGGAGAAGAGAACAGAACUGAGAAGACAGGAUGGAAGGCUAAGAUGAGUAGAAUUUUGUAGACAACAAAGCCUUAUGAAGGUUUGAGAGUUAGAUGUAGCUAGUCCUCGUUGCAUACGAGUAACAUGAGAAACAUGCCUACAGAAAAA